AUGCGCCACGCACCCGCGCACCCGCAUCCCCGCCGCAGCCAGACCUGGCGGAUCCCGCUGCCCGACUUCACGCUCACGAGCCACGGCGUGCGUGCGCGCCUGCUCGUCGUCGAGAGCUCCGCCGCGUCCGCGCAGUCCACGCUCGCGAUCGCCGUGCUCGCCUGCCAGGACACCGCGACGGGCGCGUUUCUCGGCCUACUCCUACGCCGGCGCGCCGACGGCGAGACCGGGCUGCGCUGGCCGCGCUACCACGUCGGCGUGACCGUGCGCGGCAUGCACGCGUGGAUGCGCCUCCGCUACCGCCUCGCGCAGGUCGACUGGGCGCGCCAUGCGCUCUCGUUCAAUAGCAGCGGGAUCACCGCGCGCUGGCGGCGGCUGUACGUCGCGCACCGCCCGCCGUCGCGCGCGCCCCCGGAGAAGACGCGUGCGGACGCGGCGUUUCGGUUCCACUUCCCGCGGUGGCUUGCGGUCGAGCUUGGGAAGGAGGGGUUUAGGCCGGAUGGGCGGCUGCCGACGGGGCGCGCGGAGGCGGAGCGGAUGGGCGAGGGCGCGCUCGCGACGUUCACGUUCACGCAUGAGCAUCUGCCGGAGGCGUUUAGGAUCUAUGUCGGACUGUGCAAGAAUAUGCCGUGGGCCACUGCGACGUUCUCCGGCGACGCCACCCAUGCGCCAUCGUCGAGCUCUGCUCAGUCUAGCAGCGACGUUGUGCAAGCUUGGCCCUCGCUCGUGUUGCCAACACUUGUGCGGCGCGGGUCUGGGUUCCUCUGCGACCGGGAGCGCGGGCUCGAUGUCAUCAAUUCCUGGUCCAACGGAAGCCGCGUGUUUGGAGACUCGCAGAGGAAUAUUCAGCUUACAUUCACGCGGACGAAUUCAGAUGCCUCAAAACUAUAG